CAGCAGGCCAGGGGCCGUGCAGUGCCGCCGCGCCGCUGCCGUCGGCCGCACCGUUCUCUAUCGCGUAUCUCGGCAACAGAUCCGCGGACCAACAUCCCGUGUGUCAAUACUACGCUCUGCUGCAUCGGCUACUCGUUGCUCUGCUGAAUAUCGAGAUCUCGUCGUUGAAACGUUCAGCUAUAUUUAGAAUACACAUUUUUUUUUUAAUUCAUGUCGUUACAUGAUAUAUUGUAAAGUCGUGUGUGUUUUUCGUUAUUCAAUAUAACAUGUGUUGGCAGUGUUGACGGUACUCUUGAGGAUUACCUAUUGUUUUGUGUGUGCAAGUGAAAUUCGAAAUCGGUGUCCAAAAUAAGGUGUUUACUUAUAGAGAAAGUAGUAAAUUCCGAGACGUUCUGUUUUUCCCUUUAUAGUAAAACAUAUAAUAUAGUAUAGUGAGACGGUGUGAGUUACGUAAAAGCUGUGUAAAUUAAAGAAUAAAAAAAAAUUCGAAGGUUGUGGUAGUCAUAUUUUUUUACAAGUAAGAUUUGGGAUAUAUUCGAUCAGAUAAAAAUACCAAAGUCAAGGUAAAGGCUGUAGACGGGCAGAUGCCGGGAUGUGAUCGAGCGAUGCGCACAUAAAAGCUCACUGUAAAUAAAUAAUGACCUAAUUGUACCUUACGUCUUCGCUAUUUCGGUUCCUGAAUGAUACGCGAUUUGCUGGCCUGAUUGUGAAUGUCAAACAGUGUCAUGCAACAAGUUGUAACGAUAGUACAGGAUUACAUCAAUAUUCAGAAGAGAAAUUUGUCGCGAGUGCGUGCCUACUUUCGAAGAUUUCUAGAGGGCACUCCCUUUCUCUGCCGCCAUCUAACCAUAGUAAAGUCACAAGAUAAACAGAUUUCCUCAUAUCAUUCAGUGUGAAGGAAGUUUAAAAUUUGCGGCUGGUUUGAGGAUGACUUAACCACCAUGUAUUACGCAGACAUGCCUCAUUACGAUGAGAGCUUCUUCCACGACGAUAGUCAGAAUCAGAGGAGAAACAAGCGCAGUUACCGUGUUUAUAAAACUGGAUCGAACCCUUUUGGAUUUCUCGAGUCGAAUGAUGUUAUACAUGUAAUCGAAGAAAGAGGUACUUCGGUCAUCAAACGGAAUAUACGAAACAUUAAACAGCGUGGCAAUCGUUACAAGCCUGUAUCAUCGACAGGAUUACCUUUGACACGCACAAAAUAUACGACUCCGGAUAUAUUGAUAGAUCACUGUCCACGUAUUAGCGUGUUUGAUCCCAAAAAGCUAUAUGACCUGCGAAAUAAUAAUGUAAUAUCACCGUUAAGUCCCUGCAAGAGCUUUGAUAAUUUAACCCUGAAACAAGGCAAGAGAAAUGUGUCAAAGGACAAAAUAAGAAAUGGUAUAAGCCUCCAAAAUUUGGCACAAGAAGAAAGUUUAAAACAUUACGUGUCUCCAGGCGAGGAUUAUAUUGCGACUGGACAAGGGGACGUUAGGAACUCUUAUUCAGUAGUGGAAGCUCGACGUAGACCUUUGCAACGUCGCUUCUCUAGAAGUACUGCAGCUCCUGGAGUCGGUGUUUAUCGUAAAAUCUGUGGAGAUGCUGCGGCAAAUUUAAGUGAGAACGAGGUCUGCGGUGAAGCGGGGUCGGGGCACCGCGGCUCGUUGCGCGGCGCCAACAAGCUCGCGCGGCGUGCUCGCUCCUUCAAGGACGACCUGCUGGAGCGCAUCUCCAACAUGCGCUCGCCGGCGCAGCCUCCGCACCCGCCGCAUCUCGCCUCCAAUAUCAGAUCGCACUCCCCACUUAGUCCGAAACCUCGGAACAUGGGGGCGAAAACUGUCAUGGCGGAAGAGGGUGAAAUCACACCAGCUAAAGAACUGGAACGGCUAGUCAAAGAGGUCACAUUCGGCUUGAAACAUUUCUCCGAUGUCAUCACAAAGAGGAAACUGGAAAUGUUGCCGGACAACGGCACCAUUGUAUUCGAAUCGAUCGCGAACAUACACAAAGCCAUUAAGCCAUACUGCAGCCGGUCACCAGCACUCAUGAGCGCCGUCAAGAGGCUUUGCACAGCGCUGGCGAUGCUCAUCCGGCUGUGCGACGAGGUGACCGUGGUCAACUCGCGCGCGGACGCCGACGAGGCGGAGUUGGAGGCUUCCGCUGCAGUGCUGUCGCCCGACCACGUCAGCUCCGUGGUCAAGGCCGUGACGUCAGCGGUGGAGGAGGUCGCCGGUCUCGCUCAGCAGCACAUGACCAGACCGGCGCUGUCGCCGCGCUCGGCGCUCGUGUCUCCUAGAGCGUCCACGCAGAGGAACUCCUUACCAGACAUCCCGCUAACGCCCAAAGAGCUGUCCCAGCUAACGGGCGCGCCUGGCAUGGAGCCGAGCGGGGUGCGCGCCUCGCACUCCUCGGAGUCCGUCCUGGACGCGCCCGACACCCCGCCGCCUAAGCCCGCCAGGCCCAACCGGAAAAUCGAGUUGGCCCCCCCUCUGCCGCCAAAGCGCAAGUCUAACGACAACUCCUUACUGGGACUCUCUAUAGACAGAUUAUCGUUGCAGUCACACAGUAGCGGCUCUCUGGACUCUAUGCUCAACGUGUCAAACGACGAGGAUCGCAACGCGCACGACUCUAUGAAUCAUGACGUCUUCAUCACCGCACCUAAUUCAGAUUUAGUUGGUAUUUGCAGUUGCAAUAAUAUGUCCGAAAUGCGAACAUCCGUCGAGUCGCACGACUCUCAUAUGAACAAUAUACAUGGACACAAUAAUCAUAACCGUUUCUCCAAUGAGUCCGGCUUCGUGUCAGUGGGCCACAACGAGAUAUCAACGGAGCACUGUUUCACCUCAACAUUCUCUACGCACCACUACUCGAGUCAUACGGACAGUACUUUUGAAAGUACAGAGUAUGUGAGCGAGACCAAGUGCUCUGUGCAGAGCGUUGACAGCCGCAUGAAUGUGUUCAGUGUCAGCACUGUCACCAACUCGCACAACUCCAAGUUGGCUAGUAUCACGUCAGACGAGAGCGAGACUCCCCCCGAGCUGCCCGCCAAAACGCGUCGCAACAUACGCGCGGACAUGCAGCAAUACUUCCCUAAUGUUGAAAUAAGGAAAACACCGCCAUUCUCCUUGCACGACGCGCGGCCGCACACGCUAGCCGAACACAACCACCAGCGCCCGCCGCCGCUGCCUCUCAAGAAGAAACACAUGUUUCAAAGCGUCGCCUACAGCGUAAUGGCUUACAUGGAGAUGUUUGGGAACUGCAGUCACACGAACGCGCACCCGCCGAUAAAUCCCGAGGCGCCGCCCGAUAUGUUCCGGCAUUCUAUACACACGUAUAAUUUGACUAGUGCACAGCACUCGAGCACGGGAACCAUCAGUGUGGGACAUCAUCAGGUGCAAAGAUCGAUGGCGUCGUCUUUGACAGUCCAACAUUUGAGCACACCACCGUUAAGCGGGUCGGAGGACAGCGUUAGUAUGAAGACCUCGAGCAGAACUAGUCCGGUGCCCCCGGAGCCGCCUGCGCUGCCGCCAAAGAUCAACAAAACCAAACAGAUUUCAAUGAAUUCGAGCAAUGAACUCCUCCCCCCACCCUCGCCGCGGCCUUCGUCUCACAACAGCUCGGCGGAUGAAUCUAUGUUAAACAAUGUGAGUUCCGACGACCUGUAUAUAAGUUCGUCGUCGCCGGGCAAGUUCCCCGUGGACGAUGAGGACUUGGACCGACUCGUGCAGGCGAUACCGUCUCCUGUUCCUUCACAGAGAAGCGAAAGCAGUACAGAGCCAACGCCAGUGGCCACAGACGACAACUCGACUAGUAUAGCGGACCCGGACGACAUCGUCCUACAGACUGAAGUAAGCGGCUGGCUCCUAUUGAAAGGGAACAACAAGGAUGGCCCCGAAGUACGCGGCGGACAUCCGGACGCGUUGAUCGUACUCGCCACUAAAGCUACCAAAGAAACGGACGAGUAUUUCGCUUACCAGGAAGCGUUCCUGGCCACGUACAGGACGUGGGUGUCGCCCAGUGAGCUGGUGCACAAACUAGUGCGGCGCGCGCACCACUACCGGCCGCGGCCGCACGAGCUACGCUCCACACUGAGCCUGCUCACAAGGGUCGUUGCUGAUCUAACAAUGGCAGACUUAGACCGACCGCUGAUGCAAGAAAUAAUGGAAUUCAUAUACUGGCUGGUGGAAAGAGAAGAGUUGCCUAUUUCUAAAGCCUUGAGGCAAAUACUGGUUGACAAACAAAAGCAAUUGCAUUUCCAAAAUACAAACAACAGAUACGAAUACGACCUACCGUGCAACAGCGUGGUGUCCCUUCGCCGCGAUACGCUACUAGACUUCAAGGCGAGUGAACUGGCGGAACAGAUGACGCUGCUGGACUCGGCGCUGUUCGUGCGCAUCACCACCGCGGAGGUGCUGUCGUGGCCGCGCGACCAGUCCGAGGAGCGCUCGCCGAACCUCACGCGCUUCACCGAGCACUUCAACAAGAUGAGCUACUGGGCGCGCUCGCGGAUAUUGGAGCAGGACGAGUCGCGCGAGAGGGAGCGCUACGCGAACAAGGUGCUGAAGGUUAUGAAGGCGCUGCGCAAGCUGAACAACUUCAACUCGUACCUCGCGCUGGUGUCGGCGCUGGACUGCCCGCCGGUGCGGCGCCUGGGCUGGCCGCGCGCCGUCGUCGACGCGCUCAAGGACCACGUGGCGCUCAUCGACUCGUCGCACUCGUUCCGCGCGUACCGACUGGCGCUGGGCGAGACGCAGCCGCCCUGCAUACCCUACAUUGGGCUCUUCCUUCAAGACCUGACGUUUGUGCAUGUCGGUAACCCAGACCUGCUACCCGAUGGCAGCAUCAACUUCACUAAGCGAUGGCAACAGUACACUAUUAUGGAAAACAUGAAACGCUUCCAUAAAGAGCAGUACAAAUUCAAGAAGAACGAGCGCAUCCAGGCGAUGUUCAACGAGUUCGACGACGUGCUCAGCGAGGAGACCAUGUGGCAGAUAUCGGAGAAGAUCAAGCCGCGCGCCGGCCGCUCGCGCAACCCCUCCGCGCCCUCGCCGCCCGCCGCCGCGCCCGCGCCCACUGCUGCCGCCGCCACCUAAGGUAAAACUAGAGUUAUCCAAAGAAAAAUGACGAGCGAGGUGAUAGAAACAAACGAUUCGACAUAAAUGUGAGAUUUUGUCUAUGAGGAAUUGUUUAACUUAGAUAAAAUAUUGUGAUUAUCUGUCCUAAAAUGGCCUAAUUAUUUUUAGUGUAUUUAUUGGUAAAUGCGAUAUCAACUGUGAUUGGUCCGAUUGUAAAUGGAGUGCUUGACAAGACAACAGAACAUAUUAGCUUGCUUACACUUGGUUUUUGGACCUAUCGUUCUAGUGAUCUAUUGUAUUUUUUAACUGAACUAAUUGGCAUCAUUACAAGUUUUCUAUAUAUUAAAAAACUUAAAUGUAAUGUAUCGGUAAUAUUAGAAACAUCGUUUUCUUCUUGUACCCAAAUUCAUGAUAGGUCCAAUAACCAACUGAAUAAAGGACAUCGCUCAUGCUAUAGAUGAUUUUGACAUUUCUUUAUGUCAUUCAAACAAUAAAAACAUAUUUUUUUUAAAUAUACAAAGUUUAGACUUUUUUAAUAGUUCUUAAUAUGACAUGGUUCAGGAUAAUUUAUAUGUGCCAUAAUAUUGAACUAAAAGAACAUGAACUAUAAUAAUUUAAAUUUCAAACAAUUGUUUUUAUUAUAUUAUCUAUCAUACAAAUUAUAGUUUCCUACUUUUGAAAGUCUGUUUGGCUUUGCAUGUAGUGGUAAGAUGUUCACACAAGCAGUUUUCAGUAGACAAUUGACAGACAACGCGACAACGUAAAAUUAAUAGACUAAGAGUUAGCGUCCGCCAGACAUUCGUGAUUUUAUAAAUCCUGAAUGUUUGUCAGCUCAUCCUCCUAAUUUAGGUACUUACGGUAGCCAAUUAUGGACUUAGGACUGUGGUUAAUUUGGGAGCUUCAAGGAUCCAGACCUCCAACCAUUUAAGGGUAAAAUGUAAUUUUUUUUUAUAUUUUCCUCAGCAUAAUAUGAGAAAAUAUAUUCCCUGUCGUCAGUUACUUAGAUUCGCGGAAACCCUUCGUAAAACAUUAUGCUAAUGGCGAUAUCAUUUCUCAUAAUAUUAUUCCGAUGAAAAUAUAAAAAAAGAACACUUUAUACUUAAAUGAAUGACCCUUGAAAACCGCCAUCUACUAAAGUCGUCCACAAUCCAAAAUUCAUAGUUGGCUACCAUAUGUCUUAUCGAUGGUAGAACAUGAGCUGAUAAACUUUCAGCUUCUAUAAAAUCACGAAUGGUGGUCGCUGGCUCUUUAUUUUUACUCACCAACGCGCUACCUGUAAUAAUUGGUUGUCGUUAUUACAUAAGGUAAGUUGCAUGAGCUGACAAACUUACAGCUUUUAUAAAAUGAAGAUCUGGCGGUCGCUGGCUCUCUGGCUAUUAAAGAACGUUUAAUUAAACGAACCUUCAGUUUAUAUACAUAAACGCAAGCGAGUGUGUGUGUCGUUUUAGCUCUACAUCCAAGGCAAACGUACUUCUCUGAAUAGAAUGACUAUACCAUGUUUUAACAUUUAAUAAUAAUUGAGACUACAAUGGUAAGUUCUAUUAAACUAAGCUGUGAGUUAUGUCCUUUGAAGCUUUCACUAAUGAAAUUAAACUAAUAGAAAAAGCCAAAAAAUGUUUAUCAGUAUUUAUACAGUUACUGUCAUACAUAUCAACAUGUGACUUGCAUAGAAUACUACAGUGGAUACGAGUGACGCAUAGACGUAGGUUAUUUCUGAUACUCUUCUUGUUGUUGUGAUUUGCCAUUGAUGUCAGUGUAUAACUUUAUAUUAUAAGCCGACUUCGAAAGCUAAAUCUCAAUACAUCGAAUUAGACAGAUCCUUUAUAAGUGUAAGGAUCUUUAGGUGAUUUGCUAUAUAUUUAGUAGCUUUAAGUAGCGCGUACGUGGAGACUAAUUUAUGAUAAUUUCCCGUUUUGAUGUCUUUAUUGAAAAUGUGUAGGCGUGAUAGACUGAUUUCCUAGUAACGUAUUCACUUUAUAGUAAUCAAGAUGAUUAAUUUUCAAACUAAACAAAUGACAAUGUUGUAGAAAUGUGGACUAUUAAUUUUACAAUGCAAUAGUUUCAAUAUAAAGUAGUAUAUGUAGCAUUUUAACAGGAAUUUUGCACGAUAACUGUAAAUUUCAAUAUUUGAAAUGGGACGUCUUUUUAUUUAAAAAAAAUAAAUUUAAUUGAUACCUCCAGACAGAGCAAGUUUUCCCAAUCGUCCUACUUCGUUGACUGUAGCUGUAUUUAUAAAUAUAAAUAAUAGCUAAAAGAUAACACCAAUAUUUUACAGUUGUGUAGGAAUUUUAUAGUCAAAUAUUGUAAGACAAAUUUUUUUAAGAGCGUAUUUUUAGUGAUUUUUUAUACGGACGUUACUAUAUAGUACGUAGUGAGUACGUACAAAGAACGGACACGUCGACAUUGGAAUUGGGAAAAACUUUGAACUUUGUGAAUGUCUGGCUAGUCAAAAGGAGGCAACCAUUUGUGAUAUAACCUAAAUAUAUUCUAAAUGAGUAUAAUUAGAUAUUAGAUUUCCAAAGAGUUCCAAAAUGAUAAAUGAUCUACUAAUACAUACGAGUACAUAUCAGAUAUAUUGUGUGCCAAAUACCGAACGAAAGAAGCGUCCCAUUUCAGUUAAGUAAAAUUGAAAUUGGAAAAAAUGUCUGGAAUUGCUUUUUUAUGUACUAGAACGUAUUUAUAUACAUUACAAUAUAAAAUUGCAUUUUAAGUACACAUAGGUUUCAAAGUCCGACUUAGAAACCGCAAUAAACAUGUAGAAUUUUGUCUUUUAUUCGUACGUAAUGUUGACAUUAGGAGUUUUACUGGUUGGGUGCUUUAUGAUAGCAGUUAAAAUUUAUAAUUAUCGUGAAGUGCGUAAUGGUUUGAUUUGAUACUGCGCUAUUUUAUAGGUUAAAUGUAACGGUUAAAUUUUAGCCAGUCGCCGGUUUUGAGAAUUUAGAUAGCUUAAUGCAAUUAGUAUUUAUGGGUUAAUGAAAUGAACGCGAAUAAGUAAUAAGCGUUUAAUAAGUAUCCCAUUGUGAGAAAAUUAUAAAAAUUAUAAUAAGAUUAUUCUCCAAUGGGCGUCGCGUUUUAUCUUCAAUGGCUGGUCCUUUGCUACGUUAAUGAAUAGCAUUAAGUUGUAUGUAUGAUUAAGUGAAAGGCCAAUACACACAUCGAUACAGUGGAAUAAAAAAGUCAUGUAAAAAUAUCAUCAAUCAUUACUAGAAAUCAUAUAUAGUCAAUGCCAAAUUCGUUGAAAAUGAAGGAGUCGCCGGAUUGGCUUCUGCUUGGUUAUUAUGUAUCUCGGUGUACCAUUCAAAUGAUGAGUCACUACACCGUUUUUGAUCGUAUUUUCGUAUAUGCAAUCUAACAUCGUAUUUUCAACUGACAUAAGUUUACGUAAUUUUGCAGUAAUAUGGAAGAGGUAGUAGCAAGAAGUAAAAUUAUUUCAACGAAAAACCCUUAUUUACGUAAUUUCGUUGAAACAAUCACGAUGGAUGAUCGUAAUGAAAAAAAAAUCACUGCCAUUUGAUGUUAAAUGACGUAGGCAGGAUCAUUUCGUUAAAAUAACUAUGUUUGAUGAUCAUAAUUAGGGAAAUACGAUGAAAAACCAUGUAGUGACUGAUUGUUUGGGUGGUACACUGAGUUACAUAAUAACCCUGCUGGUUUGAGUACGUACUCGUAACGUGUAUGUAUUGGCCGUGAGCUCGUUCUAUAGUUUAACGCCUGCGCAAAUUUAGUUCACUCUAAAUAACUUUAUUGUUGACGCAAUAUUUUACGCGUGUUCUUGAAAUAAUGAGCACAUUAUUUUUGAUAAUCAGAAAUCAUAUUUUUCCUAUGAAAUGCCGCCUGCAAGGUGGCAGACGUUUAAGAGAAAAAAAAAAUCAUAAUUUUGAGAUCUAAACAUGUUUUUGACGUCGUCACCGUUCGUGUCAUUUUAUUCUAUUUAAAGUUAAGCUUUAGAUGCAGUGAAAGUUCUGUAUUUGAUAAACGUAUUUAAGGUUAACUUGGAUUGUUAGUCUCAAAUAUUCGUAACACUUUUUAUGGCAAUUACUAUAGUAAAUAUAGAUUGUCAAUAAUGAUAAUUCAUUUGCCUUAAGACGGUACGGUCUUAUAAUAGCAAUAAUGGUUUUUUAUCGUAGAAAACGCUGCACAUUUGUGAUAAUAAUCGUUCACUAGUUCGGGUUCCGCAUAAGGACUCCCUACACCUUCCGAUUCAUAAUUCGAUAGCAGCGGAAAGUGUAAAGCAUCUACAGACAUACUCAUUUUUUUUUAAAGAAUAUUUUUUUUUUAAAUAUGACCAAUAUUCCCAUUACCCUCUAAUUAGUCGGGAAAGACUGUGUUAGGAGUGGGUACGACAAUAGACCAACGAGUCGGAGAUCGAACCACCACCCCUCGGUGAUGAGUCGGACCGCUCUUACCGUUGAGUUAUUGAGGCUAUUUCGUCCAAUACUUGUCCGCUGCAGUAUCGGUAAGUGUAGAGAGAUCUUAACUACUCGGUUGACGUCCUCUUGUAUAUAGAGAAAUUUAUAUUAGACGAAUAUUAGUAUAUUAUUAAGAGUACAUAAACCCCAUUGUAUCUGCUGAGGUGGGUAUGCGUAUUGCUAAUACCGUUACUUUAUUGGUCGCUAUUAAAGUAUUAGUGAAUAGAGGCCGACGAAAGUUGAAAUGGUCCGAUAUGACAAACUUUUUACUUCCUUGCAGUAUUUCAAAAUGGUCUCGCACUUUGAUGUUUAGGCCGGCUGCAGACACCGCUUUCCGUGUUCGAAAACCGAGUGACUGAAAUUAAUAUAGAAUACAUUAACAGUGGAAUUCAUAUACGUUGUAUGGGCACUCUACAUCAUUCACCCACUGAGUGUCAAAUUUUCAAACAAAUAGAGGCAAAAUUCUACACUCAGCGCCUGAAUGAUCCCCUGGGAGUACCCCUACAAUAUCUAUUAAUUCCUCUGUAUAUUACUCACAAGUAUGUUUUUUUCCAAACGGAUCAAAUUCCGCCCGUACGUAACGAAUGCGAGCCCUUGCGCCAAUAUUUAUUCAGAUUGAAGAAAAACGUAGUCUGCGGUAAUCUCACGAAAUUUCAAAUCGAAACGUAUUAGGAAAACGAAUACGGAAAACGAGUGUAUGCAGCCGGCCUUACUGUUAUCAAGACUACCAAAUUAUUUCAAAAUUACGUUUAUUGAAAUAUUUUUCAUCCUAUAGACUGGUCGGUGAAGGUCGUCUUAUAUUCGGAUCUUUUACUAUUAGGUACACAAAUUUACAUAACAAGUCAUAGGGAAUUAUUAUUAGACAAAAUAAAUCUCACCAUAUUGUCUUUUCUUUAACAUGUUUAUUGCCACACCACGCGACGUCGCGUUAAGCGGCCUUUAACGCUGUGGCCGGUAACGUGACAUCGCGUGGUGGUCCCUGACAAUGCCCUGGCAAUGAACGUAUUAAAUAUAAAUAAGAUUUUAUUGAAGGUGUCGUAAAAAAUACCCAAAAAUAGUAUACAGAGUGGGAAGUAGAAGGUUUAUCAUAAUUUUUUGCAUUUCCAAAUGUAGAUCAUAGUUGAUAUAUUGGCGAAGUAGACUAAUGUAAUUACAACGAUCUGGUAGUUCGUGUAUCUUAAUCGGGGCGGGACGCCCCUCGCAAUAAAUAACUAGACCAAUAUUUAGAAUGUUUUACAGUGCUUUAUUGAUACGAUAUGCUGAUAUUGUAAUUUGUAUGUAAAAUAAUUUGAUUCGUAGUUAAGUUGUAGGUACGUUACCAUUUAUUUUUUUGUUGUUGUCGGUAUCGUAUUAUAUAAUUAUUUAUUUUACGGAAUGAGGGUUGAUACACUAGAGGUCGUCUUUCCACUGCCGCGUGAGAGAUAUACAUGUAUAGUUUGGUGCUAUACCAAAGCUAAGCUAUGAAACUGUGAUUCUAUUCACCUAAUAUAAGUGAUAGGAUGUGCGAGAUACUUGUACACAGUUUUGGUAUACAACAAGCUAUAAAUUAAAAACUGGCAACUGGUUCUUACCACACAUCUGGCCAAGGAGUAAUCAGUUUCACUUAGUUUUAUUAUCUUUUUUGCAUUUAUAUCAGUUGAAUAUUUAAUCCAUCUGAUCUUAGAGCAUAAAUCAUAGCCUAUGUACGAAUAGUUAUAGGUACAUGUACAACCUUCAAAUCAACCACACACUGAUAUUGUUAAACACUAUAAUAUUAAGGAAGGCGGUGGGACUUCCCCAGGCGAGCAUUUACAUGAAUAGCACGAGUUAUAAAUCAUUCAUAGUGUAUUAGACGUUGAUGCAAUAUCAACCCUUAUUUUGUAAACUGUGUUUGUAUGUAAUUAAUUGAAAUGUAUUAAAGACUGCCUAAAUUAAUUACUCAGUAUAAUGAAUGUGUAAACCUAGCUACGGUUGAUUAUAUUAUGUCUUCAUUUAUUUAUUUAGUGAAAAUUGCCUGUUUUGCAAUUUAAAGCCCAAGUUACACAAGAAGGAAUGCGAGCAUAGCAACAAUAUACAUUUUAUGAAUAGAUUGUUGCCUUCAAAGAAUAUAGAAUAUAGCUCGCAAUAUAGCGUCGCUUCCUGUGUAAUUUGGGCUUAAACAUUGUAGGUUCUGUGGUGAUUGUUUUCUAGCGGUGUCGAUAUUUAUUAAAUUUUUAUAUAAAAAUGUCAUUUUUAGAACACUGUUGUAUUAGCAAGUUCAGUAUUAUGUUUAAUGAAAUGCCAUACUGUAUCAAAUGGAUUUAUAUUAUUUCGUUUUAUAUGCGAUUGUUUUACUUUUAUAAAAUAACGUAUUAAUUUAGUUUUUUUUUUUUAAAUAAAUUAAAGCGUUUUAUUUGUAAAUUCUUUUGAUUACUUUUGCAUACUCUAUUAUUUUUAUUAUGAUCAUCUGAAUUGCAUGCUAUUUGUACAGUUUACAUUUUUGUGUGUCGAGUUUUCUUUGUAAUUAUUUUGUAAUAUAAAUAUAGCACGUUAUUUACAAUCUGAAA